AUGGAGUCGGUCCAAGGGGGCGACGCGGAUGGCGCGGACGAGACGACGGUACCGGAGAAUGGAUUUGAAUUCUCCGUCGAGGAUGUCGCGAGGGCGAAUGCGAACGCCGUCGGCGACGCGUCGACGUCACCGACGGUGGCGCCGAACUUGGGAGGCGCGACGGGCGACGACGGCAAAAUGAAUGCCAUGGCGCGGGUGAAGUUGUACAGGUUGAACGAUCGAGGGCACUGGGACGAUAAGGGCACCGGGUUCGCCUCGUGCGAGUACCUCGAGCAAUCGAGCUCGAUCGGAUUGGUGGUGAUGUCGGAACAAAACCAAGAGCCGCUGUUGGUGCACAGGAUAUCGCAAGAGCGAAAUUUUUACUCUAGGCAAGAGUGCGAGACCAUCAUAUCCUGGCUCGACCCCGAGCUCGGGGCGGACAUUGCGCUCAGUUUUCAGGAGGGAGUGGGGUGUAACUUUAUUUGGGAGCAGAUCAACUCUGUGCAAAGGUCGUACUCGCAGCAAGGCGCGGGAGCCCUGGGCGAUAAUGACGAUUCAAAGCUCAUGGCGAUGGACACCGGGUCAGAAUUUCAAGUCUUUCAGUUUGAACCAGAACGGGGAGGUUUUCUCGGCGGCGGCGACGCACAGGUUUACAUGCGUAUGGGAAGAAACGCACAAAUCGAACCUCUACCGGAACCCGAGCUCGGGAACUUGGAAAAGCUGCUCAUACUCAUCACAAGUGGCUCUCACUUUGCUCGCGAGCGCAUACCGCUUCAAAUAAUGAGUUCCCAGGAUUAUUUGCCGAGACUUUUCGAACUUUUCAGGCAGUGUGAAGACGUGGACGAUAUUGAGAGCUUGCACUUGUUUUACGCCAUUUUUAGGGGCUUGGUCAACUUAAACGACCCUAACUUGUACGAGAUAUUGCUCAGAGAGCAGAACGUGUUUGACUUCGUCGGAACGCUCGAAUACGAUCCCGAGCAACUUGAACGCGUCCAUCAUCGACAGUUUCUCAAAGAGAACGUGGUUUUCAAGGAAGUUGUACCCAUAAAUAAUAAGCUGAUUCGGGAAAAGAUUCAUCAGACGUGUCGUUUGGGUUAUCUGAAGGACGCUAUCCUCCCUCGCGUGUUGGACGAUGCAGCCUUCAGCACGCUCACUACGAUGAUGAUGUGCAACAAUGUCGAAGUCGUGCAGGCGUUGCACGACGAGCCUGAAUUCUUCGCAGAGUUGUUCAAGAGAUUGAACGAGUCGAAACCCGGUGAAGAGGACUGGAACGACUUGGUCGGGUUCCUGCAAGAACUAUGUACGCUCGCGAGACACCUUCAGAACCAACCGCGGCUCCAGGUGUUCGCGACGCUCGAGAAACACGGGUUGUACGAUGUGUUAACAGAUAUUUUGGUGCAUGGUGAUGAGUACUCGCAACUGAAGGCGGCGGAUGUGCUCAUGUCGAGCCUGCAGAAUGAUCCCUUGGUGCUUCGAAAAUUCAUGGUGGAACAAGAUGCGCAGAAACCAGAACAAAACAUGUUUUCGCAGUUAGUGCGCAUGUUCUUGACGGGAACCGACGGGAUCCAGGCAACUUACCUAGAGAUACUACUGUUCUUGACAGAUCCCGAAACGAUGGAGGGAACGCAACCGGAAAAGGACAAACUCUUGGAAAUCUUUUACGAUAAGCACAUGGAAUCCAUCGUCGCCCGCAUCACGUUAGGCAAAGUAGACAUCGGAGACAAGGAUAGUGAAGUCGGCGAGCGCGUUCCGGCAUGGUCUUUAACCAAAAUUAUCGAUCUAAUGAUAUUUUUGGUCCAGAAUCAUGCGUAUCGGAUCAAGUACUUCAUGCUUCGCAACCACGUGUUGCAGCACGUGUUGCAGUUGACAGAGCGCCGAGAAAAGUACGUCGUAGUUUCAGCAGUGCGAUUUCUGCGAGCGUGCGUGAGUUUGAAGGAUGAAUUUUACAACCGUUACUUGAUUAAGAGUAACGCAUUCGAGCCGGUGAUGCAGGUCUUCAAACGUAACGGUGAUCGGUACAACUUGCUCAAUAGUGUAGUGCUCGAGUUGGUCGACUUUAUUCGACGUGAGAAUAUUCGUGGUUUGAUCCACCAUCUAGUGGAGAAAUACGAAUCUUGGUUCGAAGAAGUUUAUUAUGUUGAUACUUUCAGACUCCUCAAGCUUAGGUAUCAGCAAGGGAUGGGACCAGCGACGAUUGAUUUGCCUGCGGGCAUGAUGCUGCCUGGCGUCGGUGUCUCUCCUCGAGCGUACGGCAGAGAAGAGAUUGCCGCAGCUCAAGCACUGUCCGAGCAGCGCGCGAGGCGCGACAGUUCGAUGAGCAAGGACGAAGAAGAUUAUUUCGAGUCCGAUGACGACCCUGCGAGUGAUGCGGUCGUGGAGCAAAUGCCGCAUCAUAGCCCGCCGGUACUCCACUUCCAGGGCUCACGAUUUGUCCCGCCCCCGCUCCAGCACUCUGUCUUCACAGAUGAAGUGGACACAGGCCCGACGCACGGCGAACUCGGUAAGCGUGGGCGUUCGAUGAGUCCUCCACCUUGUGGUACUGAUUUCUUGGCGUCUGGGGAAGCGUGCGAGCAAUUGAAGAGGUCUAAACCGGUAAUCGCGUCACCAGCAGAAGAGUCUUUAACAGCUGCUCAACGAAACGCGUUCAAGGCACAGACGACUCAAAACGUGGCGGAGGAAAAUUCGGAGGAAACACCAGAGGAGAAACAACCAGAAACGGAUGUGAAACAGACGGCGAACCCAACGUCGAGCUGGGUCACAGUCGAUGAGAGUAGCGAGAAAAGUUAG